AUGGCGUGUUUCAGCCUUAAGGGGGCUUGCUCUGGGGGUAAUCCCAAUCUGAUCAAGGAACAUCUCGACUCCAAUCCGAACACUUCACAAAACGAACUUGAUCAGGCGCUCUCAUGUGCUGCUGAGGCCGGCCAUGGCGACGCCGUAGACCUGCUCCUGUCACACGGUGCUCACAUUACUAAAAAUGCCUUCUACGCUGCCGCUCUUAGUAAGAGCACUGCCGUCUUCCAACAAUUCGUGAACCAUGGCUGGGAUAUUAACUCCACGGAAUUCGAAAACCCCGGAUUGAGGCUCGUAGUCCGUGAUGUGGCGUGCACAAAAUGGUUUCUAGAGCAUGGUGCUGACCCCAAUCUACCCGGUGAGAGGGGCGUCACGCCGCUUGCAACAGCGGCUUUGCAUACUUCAAUUACCGUUCUCGAGCUUCUUAUAUCAUAUGGCGCAGAGCUCGAUCCGCGAGCAUUAUAUAAUGCCAUCGGUUGUAGGCCAAGCAAUGGAGGCGGUGGGGUCCCAAUUAUAAAGUUUCUCCUAGACCAUGGAAUGGAUGUUAAUGCACCUUCUCAGAACUGGUGCGGACCGGUCUAUAUGGCUGCACGGAUGGGGAACAAAGAGCGAGAGCUCAACAACCAGUGCUUUCAGAGUGUCAAAGAUGUUUUCACCAACCCAAAAACCGAGGUAGACAGUCGCGCAGACACUCUUACGGAGAGAUUCGUUGUCAUUGCAACUGCCGGUUUGGCUGCGCUCCUUUCCGUACUGAUCGCUUACUGGCACCACGAGAGGCAACCACCGCCAAUGCCCAUCCAUAUCCGGCCAGCUCAGAUCAAUGAAGCAGCUACAGCUAUAUCAGCCGCAACCGUCGCGGUGGUCAUGGAGUCCCCCACGCCGGCUCUCACGAUUACGCCCAAACCGGACCCUACAGCUGUGACGGGGUAA